AUGGCUUCCUCUGCAAUUCAUUCCGCUGCUGGUAUUCUUUCCCUAUUGGACGAGAAUGACGCCGACCUUCAAAGCGUAGCCCUGAAGAAGUUGGAUCAAGUCGUCGAUCAAUACUGGGCGGAAAUCUCUGAAUCAGUUCGUAAAUUAGAGUCAUUGUAUGAGGAUGAAAAAUUCCCAAACCGAGAAUUGGCUGCCUUGCUUACUUCGAAAGUUUAUUAUCAUCUUAAUGAGUUUGAUGAAUCACUUCAAUUUGCUCUCGGUGCUGGAAGAUUAUUUGACGUCAGCAAACAAGAUGAAGAUGAAUAUGUGAAUAAGAUAAUUUCCAAGUGUAUAGAUUCUUACAUACAAACAAGACAAAACAAUGGAAAGGAAGAUCCAAGGUUGACUGAUAUUGUUGAAAGAAUGUUCGACAGAUGCAUCCAAGAAGGCGAAUACAAACAAGCUUUAGGAAUUGCCAUUGAAGCUAGAAGAUUGGAUAAAAUCAGGCAAACCAUCAAAACAGCAAAUACCACCGAAAUGUUAAAUUAUACUUUUGACGUUGCCAUGAACCUCAUUCAAUUGAGAGAUUUUAGACAAAAUGUUUUGCGAGAAUUGGUGGAUAUUUAUAUGGAAAACAAGGAAAAUGUAGAUUAUUUUGCAGUGACACAGUGUUUGACAUUUUUAGAUGACGCAAAAGCAGUUGCAAAUAUUUUACAUCAAUUGAUCUCAUCCAGUGAUGUCAAUGAUAUUGCUGUAGCUUAUCAAAUUGGCUUUGAUUUGCACGAUCGCGCUCCUCAACACUUUUUAGUCUCUGCUCGUGAUGUACUUUUACAAGAUCCAAAAGCAAAACAAGAAAAUUCUCCUCUUGCCAAGCUGUUGACAGUUCUCUCUGGAGAAAUUACAAUUCAACAUAAUGUGGACUUUUUAUUUAGACAUAACCACACUGAUCUUCAGGUUUUGAACAAUAUCAAGAGCUCCUUCGAGAGAAACUCCAUUCUUCACUCUGGAACUGUUACUGCCAAUGCUUUCAUGCACGCAGGAACCACUGUCGACAAAUUCCUUAGAGACAAUUUAGAUUGGCUAGGAAAGGCCAACAAUUGGGCCAAAUUCAGUGCUACAGCAAGCUUGGGAGUGAUUCAAAGAGGUCAAAUUAAGGACAGUCUCACCAUUCUUAAACCAUAUCUUCCUGCUGAUUCAUCUACAGCCACUACAUCAAGUGGAUCGAAUGUUUACUCUGAAGGAGGUGCUCUCUUUGCUCUUGGUCUCAUUCACUCCAAUCACUUGGCAAAUGACAUGACUGAAUAUUUACUCAAGAUUGUCAAGAACCAACAAGCAGAUCCAGUGGUUCAACAUGGAGCAUGCUUUGGUUUGGGUUUGUGUGGAAUGGCAACUAGCGAGGCUGAAUUGUAUGAAAAGAUGAAAGACAUCAUGUUCUUGGAUAACGCUGUAUCUGGUGAGGCAGCAGCCAUUGGAAUGGGUCUCGUCAUGUUGGGAAGUGCUGAUGAGAAGGCCAUUGAUGAAAUGUUAAACUAUGCUCAUGAAACAGCCCACGAAAAGAUUAUUAGAGGAUUAGCUAUUGGUUUGGCUCUCACUGUUUACGGAAGAGAGGAGGAGGCAAAUACUCUCAUUGAUAAGUUAUCCAAUGAUAAGGAUCCUAUUCUCAGAUACGGUGGCAUGUAUGCCAUUGGUUUGGCAUUUGCAGGUACUGGCAACAAUAAUGCCAUCAGAAAAUUGUUGCAAGUUGCCGUCUCUGACGUGUCGGAUGAUGUGAGAAGAGCUGCUGUCAUUAAUUUGGGAUUCCUUCUCUUCAAGACACCAAAACAAUGUCCAAGAAUUGUCUCUCUUUUGGCUGAAAGUUAUAAUCCUCAUGUUAGAUAUGGUGUUGCUCUUUCUGUGGGUAUUUCAUGUGCUGGAAGUGGUUUGAAGGAAGCUUUGGAGCUCUUGGAACCAUUGGCUUUGGAUCGGGUGGACUUUGUUCGUCAAGGAGCCCUCAUUGCUCAAUCCAUGGUUUUGAUGCAAUUGAACGAAGUUCAAGAGCCAAAGACUGCCGAUUUCCGCAAACAUUUACAAAAGACAUGGUCAACCAGAGGAGAAGAGGUUAUGUGUAAAUUAGGAGCUAUCCUUUCCGCUGGUAUUUUAGAUGCUGGUGGCAGAAAUGCAACAAUUUGCCUACAUAGACAUGGAAAUAACAAGAUGAGAAACAUUGUUGGUCUAGCUCUCUUCACACAAUACUGGUUCUGGUACCCAUAUUUACACUUCUUGUCUCUUUCAUUUGAACCAACAUCUGUUAUUGGAUUGAACACUGAUUUGCAAAUGCCAUCCCAAUUCACUUUCAAGAGCAACCAGAAACCAUCUUACUUUGCUUAUCCAGUAUCUUUGAAGACAGAAGAAAAGAAGGAAGAAGUUGCCCUUGGUCCUAUGGCAGAAUUGUCACUUUCAGCUAAGGCCAGAGUAAGAGAAGAAAGAAAGAGAAAGAAUAAGGGUGGUGACGGAAGUGCCACUCCAGCAACACCUCUCCUUUCUCCACUCACUCCACAAGUGGAUGCAACUAAACAACAAGCAACAACCACAACUGAAAAUAAGGAAAAGGAAAAGAAAAAGAAAAAGAAGGAACCUGCAUUCGAAGUGCUCACCAACCCAGCCCGUGUUACACCUUCACAACUUUCCUACAUUUCAUUUGACCCUUCUAACAGAUAUACACCAAUCAAGCUUUCUCUAUCUUCAGCAACCUCUGUUGAUUUGGGUAUUAAUUUGUUGAGAGACAACAAUCCUGGAGAAGCCGCAGAGAUUGUAUCACCACAAGCAGGACGAACAAGUGAAGCAGAAAAGGAAGAAAACGAACCACAGCCACCUGCCAACUUCCAAUGGCCUUAA